UUGAGACUUUUUACGAGCGUGUGUUUGUGGAUAAGGUAUCCUCUGAAUGACUGCCGUAGUGAUGGCUGCGUCACUCAUUACUCCAUUCCAGCAGGCAGAACCAAAGCCAGUCAUGGCCUAACUCUUCUCUUUUCUGUAACGCCAUCAUCUCUCCAAACGACGUCGUGUCGGAUCUUCCCAUGGCUGGUCUCACCAGUAGCUACCCCUUCAAUCCUCUUCUCUCUCGAACCAGAGCUUCUCCAUCUCCAUAUCCCCUCUCUCUCUCCUCCUUCCAAUCGAGCAAGCUCUUUGGACUUCGCUUACACAACGCUGCCUUCUCCCAAUCGGACUCGCUCAUCACCAUCUCUUCCCGUCCCGGCGGUCCCAUCUUCGCCCGCUACGGCGGACGGUCAGUGCCUAGCCGGUUCCCGCGGAGGGACUCCGACGACGAUCGAGCUCUCGAUAUUUCAGGCAUAAGGUCAGCUUCCGUAAGGCUCAUAGAUGAACAGCAGAACAUGGUUGGGGUGAUGUCUAAGAGUGAGGCCCUCCAAAUGGCUGAAGACGCAGAACUUGAUCUGGUUAUAUUAUCCCCUGAUGCAGAUCCCCCUGUUGUCAGAAUAAUGGAUUACAGCAAAUAUAGAUAUGAACAGCAAAAGAAGAAAAAAGGACAGCAGAAAAAAGCCAAUCGCAUGGAUUUGAAGGAGCUUAAAAUGGGUUACAACAUUGAUUCACAUGAUUAUUCUGUCCGUCUAAAGGCUGCAAAGAAAUUUUUGAAAGAUGGCCACAAGGUCAAGGUUAUAGUGAACUUGAAGGGUCGUGAAAAUGAGUUUAGGAAUAUUGCUGUAGAGCUUAUCAAACGUUUUCAAAAUGAUGUUGGGGAGGUAGCUACAGAGGAGAGCAAAAACUUCCGUGAGAGGAACAUGAACAUAGUUUUGGUUCCAAAUAAGUUAGUUCUACAGAAAGCUCAAGAGCAGAAAGCUCAAGAACCACCCAAGAAAAGCGAAAAAUCAAUGACAACCGAAGUCUCGGCUGCUGUCUGAGUGCACCAAGUGACUGCUGUCUGAGUGCAGCGAGAGCUUCGUAAGGGGUUUUAAAGAUUACAUAGUGCAUAAUCUGCAUUUGUAUUUUUCAGCCCAGGCAGCAUCGGAAAUCUUGAAAUGUAUGUGUAUAGGUAGUGUAGAUGGUACAUUUUGUACGAGGGUAUAUUUAUUUGAAUUUUAUUUUAAUAGCAGAAGCAACCUUUGUAUUUUCCAGCUACUGCUAAUUUUGAAAGGAGCGCCUAGUUGUAGAAAUGCGUUUUAGAUGUGAUGUUUAUAGGCAAAACAUAUGCGAACUAUUUAAUUUUACUGCUGGUUAUGUGCAAA